AUGAGCCACCCCUUCUUCACGCCCUCCCUCGACCCGCCCGACAGGGUGCCCGCCGCGCGCUUCCCCAUGCCGCUCGCCCCACUCGCCUUCCCCCUCGUCCUCGACUGCCGCCACGGCCUCGCCCUCCUCCUCAAACGGCGUGUCAGCCAGCUCCUGGUGUGGGAUCCGGUGACCGGAGACAAGCGCCCUGUGGACCUCCCCCCGGCCUUCAAGGGGCGGCAGGUGAUGCUCCACAAUGGGUCAGUGCUCUGCACCGCCGCCACCGCCGCGGAAGGCCGCCUGCACGGCAGCUGCAAUUCCAGCCCAUUCAAGGUGCUGUUGCUGGCCUCUGGCAGAACACAUGAGCGAUCCUUCUCGGUCUGCGUCUACUCAUCGCAGACAGGCGCAUGGGGCGAUGUGAUUUCAGCAGAGUUUCAACCUGCCGCAAUGGAGCCUCUGUAUACUGCAUCCGAGCUGUACAUGUACGUCCCCAGUACCUUGGUUGGGAGCUCCAUCUACUGGCUGCUUCGUGGCAAUGGCGACACCAUCGUCGAGUUCGAUAUGGAUAGCCGGACCCUAGCUGUGAUAGAGAUGCCACUAGAUCUGUAUGACCAUGGUAUAUCCAGCUCCUUCAUGACUAUGCCAGCGCAGGAUGGUGGGCUUGGCUUGAUCCUUGUGAAUGACUUCUAUGCCAAAUUAUGGAAGAGGGGGGCUGAUUGCAAUGGUGUCGCUAUAUGGGUGCCAGGAAUAACUAUUCAGCUGGGCAAGCUUCUUUCACUGAAUGCUGAGCACAACAGAGGUCCACUGUCUUUGUUGGGAUUUGCCGAGGACAGCAAUGCGUUCGUGGUUGAGGCAUCUAGGAUCGGUAUCUUUCUGGUCUAUCUCAAUCCUCUGGGUUUAAGAAGAUUUAUGAAAGGAGGGAUCUCUGUAAUCUUUCAUCCAUUUGAGAGUUUCUCUGUUGCAGGUAAUGUCUUUGUAUCGUAUUUGACUCGAACUAAUGUUAUUGUAUGGCACAUCUUGUUAUGA